AGAACCGCAAGUACAGCAAGUUGACAUCCUCCGAGAAACCAUCCUGACAAGCGAGCUCUGAUCACGCAAGAAAAAGUACUGAUACGCACCAUAUUAUGAACAAGCCCAGAGGCACUUGUGAACAAGAAUACUCAGGUCGCAUUUCUUCAAAUGCGCAGUUCAAGAUCACCACCACAACAGAUGAACUGCAGCCCGACAGCACUGCACUAUUCACUAUGAAUGACCAACCUGCUGAGCGUCAUCGAGACGAGAGCAAGCCAUGUGCACUUGCAUGCAUGUCGAAAGCCAGCCUUGAAUGCCACAUGUUUGCACACUCUCACAAUGAGUCCGAAAAGUCUCCCACUGCUCCUCCAACGGAUGUUCAGAUGGGAGAGAAGAGUUCUGGGUGCAACAUCUAUUCCUCUGCAUUCUCGUGGUCUGCAGGUGACGAGAACCACAUGGUGAAGCAUACUGACAAGAGGCCAUACAAGACCGAUGUCUGCCCUGCCGAGUUCAGCCUGAGCGGGAACCUACAGCAGCACAAGCAAACAGAUUCAUGCAAGAAACCAUACAAGUGCGAUGUCUGCCCUGCGGAGUUCAGCCGGAGUUCUCACCUGCAGCGUCACAAGCUGACACACACGGGCGAGAAGCCAUACAAGUGCGACCUCUGUCCUGCAGAGUUCAGCCAGAGGGGGACCCUACAGCGUCACAAGUGGACACACACGGGUGAGAAGCCAUACAAGUGCGAUGUCUGCUCUGCGGAGUUUAGCCGAGGUGAGCUACUACAGCAGUACAAGCGGACACACACAUAUAAGAAGCCAUAAAAGUGUGAUGUCUGCCACGCAGAGUUCAGCCAGAGCGGGACCCUGCAGCAGCACAAGCGGACACACACGGGCGAGAAGCCAUACAAGUGCGGUCUCUGUCCUGCAGUGUUCAGACAGCGUGUAACCUUGUCACGUUACAAGCGAACACACACGGGUGAGCAGCCAUAAAAUUGCAGCCUCUGCCCUGCAGUGUUUAUCCACAACCCAAACUUGCAGUGUGAUGCAAGUGCGGUUUCUGUCCCACAGAACAGCACAAGCAGGCACCCUGGGGUGAGAAGCCACAAAAGAACAUUCUCUGUUCUGCAGACCUGAGGCACAACACAAAGCUGCAGUGUAGCAAGAAGACUUACAUGAAAGCGAAGCCAUACAAGUGCAACCUCUGUGCUGCACA